CUCCUCUCUCUCCCUCGACUCCAGCCAGCACUACUCCACCAGACAGAACGACCAUCGCCGCCGCCGCCGCCGACGACGAUGUGGCGCUCGAGAGCUCGUGAUCUCCUCCACCUCCACUCGCCCAUCCCUUGUUCUUCGCCAAACCCACUUCGAACCCUGCCCCCACGCCUCCUCCCCCGUUUCCUCUCCUCCUCUUCCUCGCCGGCCCCGGAUGCAGUGUCCUCCUCGUCCUCGCCGCCGCCUGCCUUCACCGGAAACCUCAAGAAAGCACUCGCUGGUUUGAGAAGAAUUGAUUUAGACGGGCUGCGAUGGCGUGUGUUUGACGCAAAGGGCCAGGUGCUUGGACGGUUGGCAUCCCAAAUAGCCACUGUGCUUCAGGGAAAGGACAAGCCGACCUACGCACCUCAUGUGGAAAAUGGAGACAUGUGCAUUGUAGUCAAUGCAAAAGAUAUCAGUGUUACAGGAAGGAAGAUGACUGAUAAAAUUUACUACUGGCACACAGGGUACAUUGGGCAUCUGAAGGAAAGAAGACUCAAGGACCAGAUGGCAAAAGACCCAACUGAAGUGAUCCGCAAAGCUGUCAUGCGCAUGCUUCCCCGCAAUCGGUUGCGUGAUUUUAGGGACCGCAAACUGAGGAUAUUUGCUGAAGGUGAGCACCCGUUCCACGACAGGCCUAUCGAGUCCUUCGUCAUGCCACCACGCAAAGUACGUGAGAUGCGUCCCCGGGCACGGCGUGCAUUGGUGCGGGCGCAGAAGAAAGAGCAGGACAGAGACGCAAAGGCGCAAGGCAAAGCCGAGGCAGGAGCCAAGGCCAAGGUCGCCGCAUAGGCACCUUCUGGUGUUUGUGCGUGUGUGGACUUGGGAGACGGAUGAUUUGCGUGCCUGCGAAACCUCCUGAUGCAUUCUGAACAAUCUCUGUACCUUUCGUGCUGCUGUUGAUGUAAUCUUUGCUGCUGCACCUGAUGGUGUUUUAUGAUGUCGACUGAUUCCUGCGGCCACCCUGAUGGCGGGCGCAAUCACAAACUCAAGCACAAAUGAGAAGAUAGAUAUAUACAUAUCGGUGAUAUAAUGUAUGCAAUUGUGCCCAUCAGAGAGGAUUUGACAUUGUUGUCCGAGCUACUUUUCUGUAGAAAUAAACGGUGGCUGUCUAUGGUGAUAGUUAGAAUUUGAUCCCAGUCCAAGCAGCUGACAUACA